CGUGUGCGUGUGCGUGUGCGUGUGCGUGUGCGGUUAUGAGAUUCCUUCCCCGACACCUGAGGUGUUGAGCUUCCCUUGGGGCCGCCGGGCCGGUCAGGGCUGGCCUCGCCGCGAUUGUGACCCGCCGGUGGCCGUGGGAAGGACGUUGGGUCCCGGGUGUCGGCGGGGGAAGCGGGUCCCUGGAGAGCGUUGCCUGCCACGGUGGCCGGGCUGAGGGCUGCCGGCCUUCGGUCCCGCUUUACAUCCGCCUUUGGAAGCGGGAGGUUUCUUACAGAGCUGCUCAGUGGUUUUCUUAAAUCCCUUGGUUCAGACUGUGCAUUAUCCAGGAUGUCUUCACUAACAGAAAAGGACAGACCAGUUGUUCAGCUGUUACUGAACACUGGCACUUGCCCACGAUGUAUUUUGAGGUUUUGCUGCGUGGGAUCACAGCCACUUUAUAGAUGUCCAUACAAGGAUUUGAUGAAGGAUUUAAAAGAAUUUCUGAAAAAUAAUCAAGAAGGAGAAGGUACAGUUUGUUUUGAUGUAGCUGAUCCGCCUUGUAAGAGAAUCAGACUUGAACAUGCAGAAGAAGGGCCUGAUCUCAACCACAGUGGAGCACUCCAGCAGAUUCCUUCGGUUAAUGAUGGAAAUACUGCAAUGGAGAACUCGACUGUGAAGGUUUGCAAUGUGUGUUUGGGAAUCCUUCAGGAGUUCUGCGAGGCUGACUUUGUUAAAAAGGUGUGCCAAAAGGUUAAUUCCGCUGGUUACCAGUUCACUAGUUUUGUAUUUUCUGUGUCGCUACCCCCACAGCUGUCUGUUAGGGAGCGUGCUGCUUGGCUGCUGGUAAAACAGGAAAUGGGAAAACUGGGCCUUUCCUUGGCAAAGGAUGACAUUGUUCAGCUGAAAGAAGCUUAUAAGUGGAUUUUUCAUCCCCAGUUGUCAGAAGAGUUGGGUGUUCCUGCUGAUGGAAAGAGUUUGUUUGAAGUUAGCGUGGUCUUUGCUCACCCAGAAACAGAAGAAGAGUGCCAUUUCCUAGCCACAGCCUGUCCAGACUGUUUCAAACCAGCGAAAAACAAACAGUCUGUUUUCACUAGAAUGGCAGUUAUAAAAGCUCUAGAGAAGAUAAAAGAAGAAGAUUUUCUCAAGUAUUUUCCAUGUCCCCCAAGUUCACCAAAGAACCUCUGUGUUGCUCUGGAAAUUCAGUGCAAUAAUGGUGCACUUUUUGUGGCUGGAAGAUACAACAAAUAUUCAAGGAAUUUACCUCAGACUCCCUGGAUUAUUGAUGGGGAGCGGAAGCUGGAAUCUUCAGUGGAAGAACUGAUUUCAGAGCAUCUAAUUGCAGAAUUCAAAGCAGAUAGCUUUAAUUUUUCUUCUUCUGGAAGAGAAGAUGUGGAUGUAAGAACACUAGGCAAUGGAAGGCCCUUUGCAAUUGAGCUUGUGAAUCCUCGUAGAAUACAUUUUACUGCUGAGGAAAUGAAGGGACUUCAGCAGACAAUUAAUAACUCUUCAGACAAAAUACAGGUUCGAGAUUUACAGCUUGUCACCAGAGAGGCAAUUGGUCGUAUGAAGGAAGGUGAAGAGGAAAAGACAAAGACCUAUAGUGCCUUAAUAUGGACAGACAAAGCAAUACAGAAGGAAGAUAUUGCAUUUCUAGAUGAUAUCAAGGAAUUAAAACUUGACCAGAAGACACCUCUGCGGGUUCUUCACAGAAGGCCUCUUGCUGUAAGAUGUCGGAUUAUUCAUACAAUGAAAUCUCAGUACAUAGAUGAGCAUCAUUUUCGCCUGCAUCUGAAGACUCAAGCAGGAACUUACAUUAAAGAAUUUGUGCAUGGAGACUUUGGAAGAACGAAGCCCAAUAUUGGCUCCCUCCUGAACAGAACUGCCGACAUUCUGGAGCUGGAUGUAGAAUCUGUUGAUGUUGACUGGCCUCCAACCCUGGAUAAUUAACUUUUCAAGCUGGGACGAGGAAGAAGCAGCAACUCUGUCAGCAGCCAGUUACUGAACGCCAUACAGUAUUACAGCUCAGUUGCGAAGUAUUUCUGUUGAACAUUUGGAUCAUGUUGAUCUGCCCAAGGAUACUGUUACUUAGAAUCAACCUUAAACACUCUGGACCAGGUAGUGUUCAUUCAAUCUCUAGCCUUACUUCAGUUUCUUCUGUGCAUAAAAAGAUUUUGGUAAGCUAGUGUACUGGUAAGAAGUCUUUUCAACGAACAAUUAAGAUAAAUGGUGUAACCUAUGCAAAUGGUAUACUGAGCCAGUACAUCAAAUGCUUUCUGCAGUAGUUGAAAAUGUUUUAAUUAAAAAUAACCCUCCCUCAGCCAGAUUUGUUUUUAAACUCUCUUUAUAUUGGAUGGUGCAGUUUUUCUUGUCUGGAUGCAGGUAGCACUGAGUUACCUGCAACCCAGACCUAACUUGUUCUGAGUGCUAUUUGUGCAGGAGUAUUUCCCAGAAGUCAGAGAGACUCUGAAACCAGUUGGCUAGUGCCUGGAAUGAGGGAGGCAGCUCUCUGCUGGCUGCUUUUUGGUGUCAGUUUUAGAGAUGGGGAAAUCUGUCUCCCAGACAUCAUACUUUUCAAAGGGAAAAACAGUUUUCAGAGGAAAACGUUCCAGUUAAACCCAAAUUUUUCUUAUUUAAAGCCAUCAGCAAUGCUUCCUAGAAACAGCAGUUGAGGUACUUGAGGCCUCAACAGCGCUCUGGCCUGGUUACAGUCCUCUUCAGGCCUAGGAUUUCCCCAGCUGAGUCACCAUAUAUAAAAAGAUUGGGAACUCCUGGCAGUGGUGCACAAUGGAAAUCUAAUGAAAAAUAGGAAUACAAAGAACCACGAAGCCAAGGCAAAUAAAAGAUAUACUGAAGAAUGUUGGUAUUGAGAGAACAAGUCAGAGAGAGAAAGCUUUCGUUUUCUUUCUAGCAUCCAGCCUUGGAUGGAUGCCUGGAAGAGUUGAACAUUAUAUAGGCACUUGCCUGGAACAGGGAAGAGCUGAGGUGUUCUUUGUGUUAUUUUAAAUGUUUCGCACAAAGCAGGAGCUGCACUGCAGGAUUACUAUGUUUAUUAGCCAGAUCCCACCACCUACAUCUUUAGGAAAAGGCACUUUUAGGCCUCUGUCAUGUCAAUCCAUUAGGAAGAUACUUCUUACCUGAAGUACAGAAGAGAGUUAUUGACAAGAAAUUGGGGUUUGGAAGGUAAUUUGUUAAUUAACAUUUGAAAAAUAAAGAGGGUAAUAUUUGCCAAGACAAACCACUGUUUGAAGAGGGGGAGGAUUACUGCUAUGUCUUACCUUCAAUUCAGUGGUGCCAGGACCCCAUAAUAGAACAGCUGCAUGAUAACCUUAGCUGAAGGCUCAAAAAAGCAUUAAUAAAUUCAUCUUUCAAGGAGGUCCUAAAAACUGAUCUUGAAAAAUUGUCUCUGCCUGUGAUGGGCUGUCAAAACUUGUCUCUCAUUACUUGUUUUCCUAGUCCACUGUAAUGUAAGUACAGUGGUAGUUCAGAAGCUCCUGUUUUUCUAACACAAAAAAUAGGAACAUGAUUCAGACAGCAAUAUUUUUUCUUUUUAAUCUUAAAGCUGUUAUGAGCAACAGAUUCCAGGAGUAGUUGUCUCAGAUAAUCAUCUGUACCCAGAAAGGAAGUGUCAUGAAUGAUGGAAAACUUAAACUGAAUUCAGAAAACAAAUAAAAGAGAAUUUCAGUCUCA